CUCUGCUCUAAGGUCACCGCUGACAUUCGGUCGCUAGCUCAUCAGCAGCAGAAGGAAGCGGAGGAGAUCCAGUCAGGACGCUAAAAGACAGAACCAACCGAACUAGCCAUCAUGUCUCUUUCCAACAAACUCACUCUUGAUAAGGUGGACGUCAAGGGGAAGCGAGUCAUCAUGAGAGUCGACUUCAACGUUCCUAUGAAGGACAAGCACAUCACCAACAAUCAGAGGAUCAAGGCAGCAGUUCCCAGCAUCCAGCACUGUCUCGACCACGGGGCGAAGUCCGUGGUGCUGAUGAGCCACCUGGGACGUCCUGAUGGGAACCCUAUGCCGGAGAAAUAUUCCCUGGAGCCCGUUGCUGCUGAGCUUAAGACUCUCCUUGGAAAGGACGUCACCUUCCUGAAGGACUGUGUGGGUCCAGAGGUCGAGGCCGCAUGCGCUAAUCCUGCUGCUGGAUCCGUCAUCCUGCUGGAGAACCUCCGCUUCCACGUCGCAGAGGAGGGAAAAGGCAAGGACGCCUCUGGAAACAAGACCAAGGCCACCCAGGAACAGACCGACUCCUUCAGGGCGUCUCUUUCCAAACUGGGGGAUGUUUACGUCAACGAUGCCUUUGGGACGGCUCACAGAGCUCACAGCUCCAUGGUGGGAGUUAAUCUGCCUCAGAAAGCUGCUGGUUUCCUCAUGAAGAAGGAGCUGGACUACUUUGCCAUGGCUCUGGAGAAACCUCAGAGACCCUUCCUGGCCAUCCUGGGAGGGGCGAAGGUGAAAGAUAAGAUCCAGCUGAUCGACAACAUGCUGGAUAAGGUCGACGAGAUGAUCAUCGGUGGCGGCAUGGCCUUCACAUUCCUCAAAGUCCUCAACAACAUGGAGAUUGGUACCUCUCUGUUUGAUGAGGAAGGUGCCGGCAUCGUCAAAGACUUGAUGGCCAAAGCCGAGAAGAACGGAGUCAAGAUCACCCUUCCUGUUGAUUUUAUGACCGCAGACAAAUUCGAUGAGAAAGCCACCACUGGCACUGCUACCGUCGCUGCCGGGAUCCCCGCCGGCUGGAUGGGUCUGGACUGCGGACCAGAGAGCUCCAAGCUUUACGCCGAAGCAGUGGGCCGGGCCAAGCAGAUCGUGUGGAACGGUCCAGUUGGUGUGUUUGAGUGGGAUAACUUCGCCAAAGGAACGAAGAAUCUGAUGGACAAAGUGGUGGAAGUGACCAAAUCAGGCUGCAUCACAAUCAUCGGUGGGGGUGACACUGCUACCUGCUGCGCCAAGUGGAACACAGAGGACAAAGUUAGCCAUGUGAGCACUGGAGGUGGAGCCAGUCUGGAGCUGCUGGAAGGUAAAGUGCUGCCUGGCGUGGACGCCCUCAGCAGUGUCUAAAGCGUCUGUUAGCUGGAGAGUGUCUGUCUGCGAGUGUGUGAGAGGUGGAUCAUCUCGUUAAACAUCCCCAGAAGAGUCCUAAACACACCUGACCUUAACCUGCAGAGAUCUCCCUCCUCGGCUCUGACUCGCAGCACAAUCUGUGCUCCUCUCAGACCUGCUGUCAUUUUACAAAUAGAGCUCUCCGCCUUACAUCAACGUGCUGCUUAAAGACGAACCGCUGAAAGGAAGAGCCUUUACCCACACGUUUCAUUUUUGACCUUUUUUGUCAAAAGUUCAAAGAUACUGCAAGCUCCUGUCUGUAAAGCAGCGGUGAGGGCCCUGCUUCAUUUGUAACAAGUCAGCUCCGUUAACCCCUGAAUGCGUGUGAAUGUUAGCAUCUCCCCCUGAGAUCAAAGCUGCAGCACCAUGAGAGUAUACUGUAUAUGUAAAGCUUCUGUAAAAGGUAUUAAUGCGGUGUUUGUAGAUGUUACCUUCUGUCUGUUUGGCACUGAAUUCACCCGUCUGAUCCGUUCUAACAAUAAAAACCUUCUCUGUGAUGA